AUGACUUCUGGAACGAAAGAUUUUGGCGUUUUCGAAAAACGCGCAGAAAUUUCAGUAGUCGAGGCGGGUUGUGAUGUUGAUAAUAAAGAGUGGGAGGGGCAGACCGAGCCGAGGCGCAUUUCGCACACACGUGUUCCGCGCUGCGCGUGCGCACCUGUCGCUCAGUAUAGUCACUUGUGUUGGUUAUUAUUUACAUUUAUCUACGUUUGUGUUUGUGAGCAGUUUCAGAAAACGCGCAAUAACGGACAUAGUCGCGGGAAAAGGUUCACCUUCCAGUCUACAGUCAGACAGCUGGAGAGGCGGCGGCUGGCGGAGAAGCUGUCAAGGGAGGCAGACUUUAAAGAACAGCAAAGAAGAACGGAAUUAGAAGCUAUGAGACGAGUGGAAGAAGAAUUCCAACGCAAGCGUGCCAGAGAAAAGGCAAAUAUUAGACAGCAACUGCGGCUGGUGAGCAGCGGAGCCGCCAGUAUGCCGGUCACCACCAGCCACACCAAGACGCGUGAUGAGCCAGAUGGUUCAUGCAGGGAGUCUUCAGCAUCAGAACGGAACCGGGACGGCAGGCAGCGGCACAGCAAUGCAUCAUCGGAGAUCAGCGGCCGCAGCAAAAGCACCACACCUAUCCGGAGCGUGGAGCUGUCGGAGUGGCGCGGGAGCGGGUCGGCGCGCGUGUACCGUGACUGGGCGCCCGCGCCGCCCGUCGCCGCGGCUGCCAUCGCUCACCCGCCCGCCUGCGCGCGCAUGCCCAUGUCCGCCCACGUCGUCUACAACGCUGCUGCAGAAGUGGAGGCUUUCAGUGGCAGCCCGCGUUCAGACAACUACAGGCUGGAGUUCGCCCGGGGGCGCUCCCCCCGGACCCCCCGACCCCCACGGCUGGUAACAGCCGCCAGGACCCCGUCUACCUCAGGCUCGGAGCUUUCGCUGCGACAGCCAAUUAAGAUCAGGGAAUCUACGAAGGAGGAAGAUGAAGAACCCGCAAUUGUACCCACCAUCCGACCGUCAGGACCGCGUCGUGCUGUGAUCACUCAUUAACAGAUCGUUGAACGAAUCGGACGUCCUUUGCCA